AUGCCACCAAGAGUCUUCCUUAUCACCGGUACCUCCACCGGCUUCGGCCAGGAGCUUGUCAAGGUCGUCCUUCAAAAAGGCGAUCACGUCGUUGCCACAGCUCGGAACAGCUCCAAGUUGUCGUUUCCAGACGCCAACGAUUCGAACAGUCUGCUUGUUGAUCUCGAUGUCACCAAGAAAGAGUCAAUCAACAAAGCGUUCGAAGCAGCCGUGAAGAAAUUCAAGCGCGUUGACGUCGUUGUGAAUAAUGCGGGGUACGGACUUAGCGGACCUUUUGAGACAGUGUCCGAGAAGCAGAUUCGCCAGCAGAUGGAAAUAAACUUCUUUGGUUUGAUGGAUGUGACCAGGAAAGCUAUGGAGACCAUGCGAGAACUCAAGACCGGAGGAGUCAUUCAAAACGUCACAUCUAUUGGCGGUCAGAUCGGCGUACCGACUUUCAGCAUCUACUGCGCGAGUAAGUGGGCCGUCGAGGGCUUUACUGAAACAAUCUCGAAAGAGGUCAAGCCAGAGUGGGGAAUCAAGUUCACCUGCAUUGAACCUGGAGGCUUCCGCACUGACUGGGCUGGACGUUCCAUGGAUUUUGGUGAGAUCGACCAUCCCGCGUACGACCACAUCGACGCCAAGAAAGCCAUGGGAGAGCGCAAUGGCACGCAAGCCGGAGAUCCCGCGAAGGCUGCCAAGGUCUUCUACGAUUUGGCUGUCAUGGACGACCCGCCUAUUCGUUGUAUCGUUGGUACCGAUGCAUACUCUGCUAUUAACAACAAGCUUGAAACCUACAAAGAGAACGUAAAGAAAUUCGAAAAAUGGAGCAACAGUACAGAUGUCGAGGGAUACAAGGCACCCAGCUAG